CCAAUUGGAACUUGUCAGCAGCGAAAGAUUAUAACUUGUUCGGCGGGAUCGUGCAUGUUCUCAGUAUAUAAAGUGCUAGUCCUUACAAGAGAUGAUUAUCAUGGCAUCAAGCAAGUACUGGCAGCAAAAAUCAAUUAUGAGGCAUUCUGGAAGUUGUGAGAAAAGAAGGGUAGAUAGAAAAAUAAACAGACUGAAAGCAGAGAUGGCAGGGAUUAGGAAGCAGCAACAAUCCAUCAGACAAGGGCAAAGGGAAAUAAGAGAAAGAUUUGAAGAGAUAGAAUCAGAAUGUGAUGAGCUCAAAAAGGAGACUGAACUUGUAUCUCAGGCAAGCGACAAAAUUCAACUUCGCCUUGAUAUCAUGCUCAAAAUCUUGAAAGCAAGACGAGAGAAUGACUUCGCUAAAGCUGCUGAUCUUACUUGCUCUCUCAGGUUAGUUUUUCGAAUCUUCUUCUCUUAUUUUUUUUUUAAUGUGCAAUUAGUUUUUGCGUCGAUCGGCUGAAUGUUCUAUGAUUUAU